AUGAGAUCUCCAGAUUCAGACAGGCAAGCAGGUACUGGCCAAUCAGAUAUUGUGGUUGAAGACCAAGAUCAGAAGACAAUAAUGGUGAUAGAUAUAGUGGUGUCAAGUGACAUCAACAUCAGGAAGGAGUAUGAGAAACUGGAAAAUUACCAGGACUUGCAGGAGAAACUGGACAGGAUGUGGAAAAUAAAGGCCAAAAAUUCCUUGUCAGCGGAGCACCCGAGGACGGCAACAACAUUAGAGAACCGGGGAGAUACAUAUUCAAAUUUACAUUGGCUGGUUGAACAAGUGCAUCUUUUAUUGUGGCUUUUAUUUCGCUGUUUCCUUUUUGUAGUUAAUAAAUUUGAAGUAGAAUGUCUCAUCAAACUUUUCAACAACUUGGAUGUGGAACCCAGCGACCGUCAUGGUGUUGUUGGUUUAGAUCGCAAUUCAUUUCGCAAUAUUCUACAUGUCACAUUUGGAAUGACAGACGAUAUGAUUAUGGACAGAGUAUUCCGUGCUUUUGACAAAGACAAUGACAGCUGUGUCAGUGUAACAGAAUGGGUAGAAGGCUUAUCAAUAUUUCUUCGAGGGACUUUGGAAGAAAAGAUGAAAUAUUGCUUUGAGGUUUAUGACCUGAAUGGUGAUGGAUAUAUUUCACGAGAGGAAAUGUUUCAUAUGCUGAAGAACAGUCUGCUAAAACAGCCAUCAGAGGAAGAUCCCGAUGAAGGAAUUAAAGAUUUAGUAGAAAUAACAUUAAAGAAAAUGGACUAUGAUCAUGAUGGCAAAAUCUCUUAUGUGGAUUUUGAAAGGGCAGUAAGAGAUGAAAAUCUCCUCUUAGAAGCAUUUGGACCAUGUUUACCUGAUGUGAAGGUAUUUAUGACAUUAUAUCAAAAUAUACUAAUAAUUAAUUAGUAAUUUUAUUAGUAACUGUAUUCCUAUUCUAGAUUUGAACUAACUGUUCUAAAUACAAAACUAAAGUUAUUAAACUGCUUUUUUGAGUGAUCACUGAAUGAGGCUAAUCAAAUUCAUUAUAUAUGUGUAUAAUGUGAGACUUUAAUGCUAAUCAUCAAGCCAAUUGUAUUUUAGCAUGCUUUAACUCUUUCCCCUGAUCUAAAAUAAUUUUAGUCCAGGACUAAUGAGCUAAGCUUAGUUAUGCUGUAUAGAUCAGGACUAAGGAGCCAUGCUCUAUCUGUAGAUUAUAUGCACUUCUCAAACCUGAAUAUAAAUCACCAGUGUCCCACUUCUGGCUAUUUUAAUCAAAGAUUUUGGAUUUGCUUUAACCAAAGUAUUUGCUUUUUCUAAUUUUUUUUCUGAACAAUAUGAACAAUUCUAUCUUUUAAAAGUGGCUCGAUCAGUUCAUGGAGUUACCGGUAGAUCAGAUUCAAAUAUGUAAAUGCAUAUUGAACAGUGAAAUGUUUAUGAUCUGAAAGAAAGAUUUAAUUUUUCCCAGAUAAUCUAUCUACUUGCUAUUAAAAUUUUUGUUCUUGUAACCUUAAUUCGGGUGGAACGGUGUAUCACAGGGCAACGAUUUUUGAAUCAAGGUAGCAAAAUGGAAUAUGACUCCUGCGGAAUUUAAAUUUGGCAAAUCUUAUAAAAUAUUAUGAUACAAAAAUUAUAAAACAGAUGACGUAAUACAAAAUGGCAUAAAACAUUUCUGAUGAUGUUUUACUAUGUUAUAUAGUUCAACAUGUGGUAUUUUCAAGGCAAACAUGUCUGAAUGUAUCCAACUUUUCAAGUGAAGGCAAUUGUUCUGACUUAGGUUUCUUUAAAGAGCUUAAAACAGAGUUUUGGUCCCAGCAAAACCUCUUUUAUUUACAUGACACUGAAUUCCUUUCAGCCAGGAAGGCUUGGCAAACAGUCUUUCAGAGGAAUAUUUAUCAACAUGAAUCUUAUCUCGCUUGGGCAGCUGCCAGAUAACUAGUUUGCAAAUGCAGGGCAAGGCAACACUUGGCACAGUCUCUUAUAGU